CGGAGCCCCCCCGGAGCGACCCCGGAGCGACCCCCGCCCCGGAGCGACCCCCGGCACCGCCCGCGCGCCCGCAGCGCCGCCCGCAGCACCGCCCGCAGGAGCGCCCGCCGCCGCCGCCGCCAGCCGCCAUGCAGCCUGCCUCUGCCAAGUGGUACGACCGGAGGGACUACGUCUUUAUCGAGUUCUGUGUUGAAGACAGCAAAGAUGUUAAUGUAAAUUUUGAAAAGUCCAAACUCACGUUCAGUUGUCUUGGAGGAAGUGAUAACUUUAAACAUUUAAAUGAAAUCGACCUUUUUAAUAAUAUCGAUCCAAAUGAAUCAAAGCAUAAAAGAACAGACAGAUCCAUCUUAUGUUGUUUACGAAAAGGAGAGUCUGGUCAGGCAUGGCCAAGGUUAACAAAAGAGAGGGCAAAGCUCAACUGGCUCAGCGUGGACUUCAACAACUGGAAAGACUGGGAAGAUGAUUCAGAUGAAGACAUGUCCAAUUUCGAUCGCUUUUCUGAGAUGAUGAACAACAUGGGUGGAGACGACGACGUAGAUUUGCCAGAAGUAGAUGGGGCAGAUGAUGACUCACCAGACAGCGAUGAUGAAAAAAUGCCGGAUCUGGAGUAAGGAAAACUGUCGUCUUCAGGGUUUUGGGGAAAGAACUUCAUCACAACAUUUCAUAAUUGAGAUAAGAAUUCCUGAGUUGAUAGCCCUAAAGGGAGAUCCUGCAUCCUUUUAACCCAUUUUCAGUCCAUUUUAAAUGGCUUCACUGAUGGUAGGUGUGUCCCAUGGCACGGGGCGGUCUUAAGCCACGAGAGGCAAUAACGUUAUGCAUGAACCGUUUUCCAGACUUCCAAAAAAAGACAAACAAACCCCCCAAUUGAGGUGUAGGCAAUCCGUACAGAACAGUUGCAAUAAAGUUUACAGAGCCUCCUUGCCUCGUAGCAGAUGUAAUUACAAUGGGAGAACCCCUGAAUUUACACCAAAUGGUUAAGCAUUUUUCCCCCCCCCCCUUCCUCCUCCACGGCCUGAAAUUGUCUGUUUGUACCGGGAACAAAACUUGUUGUCAUUGGCUCCCCAAAUUCAGCAGGCGAGGCAACAUCCCUCCGUGGUGUCUUCAGGUCUGUUCCACUAAAGUUCGUAUUGAAAAGGAAAACCUAAAACUUCUCCUCGUUUGGUGUUGGGCCCCCCCGAGCCCCCGAGCGGUGCCGGUGGCCGGAGCCUGUCCCUGGUUCCGUGUGACCCCCCCAGACCUCCCCCCUCCUCGCCCGGGGUGAGUGGCUGUACAUUGUUUGCUUUGUCAAUCUGUACAUUUAGACCAAAUCGUAUUUGCACUGUGGGUUUGGCAGCGAGUGACAGACCGUGGGGCCUGCGACCGGGCUGAGAAACCUCAAUUUAUGUUCAGAGCAGCUGGGAUUUUUUUAAUGUCUGCAUUCUUUCUAAUAAACUGUUGAAGACUC